UAGUCACUGGCGCAUGUGUCGUUGCUAGUUUACAACUGGCGCAGAGCGUUCUUUUGCCACCAGCGCCACUCGCCGGUAAAUUAGGGAAUGAUCUUGCGCCCCAAGGGGCGGUUCGGCGGAAGGAGGAGGCGUGUUCUGGCGCAAACGGUAUUUUGCCGUUUCUGAAAACCAUUGCGCUACUGACCAGGAAAUACCUGGUUUAAAGUCAGUGGCGCGUUGUUCAGAUGCUAUUUUAAGGGCGCAUGCAUACAUGCGCAUGCGAUGCAUACGGAUUGCUUGUGCACCUCGCGCAUACACUUUGCUUCUCUCAUCUACACGGACAGCAGUUCCCAUUUUUGCAAACCAUACAUAAUUACAAGGAAAAUAAAAUAUUACCACACAAGGAAAAUCAUUGUGGUGUCCAUAAAGAUAAAAUAAAUAGGCAUAAAUCUAGCGUACACAUUUACCCAAAUUAUUCACGCGAAUUGUAGCAGGCGUAAUGACGGAUCAAAUUAACCUGGUUGACCAAUAGUGGCAAGAGACACAUGUAUAUAAGGAAUGGACACCUGUCAAAGUGGGUUGUCCGUCAAGAAUCAGGAACCACAAUUCUGAAGACUGCGAAAUCACCUUCUGUAAGUCCAUUUAAAACCUUACUCUGCAACUUACCAGUUAAGUUGAGGUUACUCAUAAUUUUUCUAUUGCACAGUGGAAUGGAAUACGUCUUGGGACAGAGGAUCAGACGCCAAAGGGAGAGGGUCUACCGGCCCAGACACACCUAUCUCUCCCUGAGUGAGGAGGAAUGCAGGCGUAAGCUACGCCUGACCCGUCAGGCUGUCACCGACAUCUGUCAUCUCCUGGCAGAUGAGCUGGGGACUGAUGCACGCUGUCCCUAUGCCCUCCCCGUUGCAGUGAAAAUUACAGCGGCACUGCAUUUCUAUGCAUCUGGGUCGUUCCAGCAUCCCCUUAGUUGUAUUGGACGCAUUUCACAAUCGGCAGUAAGUUCGGCUAUACAUGCAGUUACGUCAGGUCUAGUCCAACAUGCUGGGGAAUACAUCAAAUUCCCCGUUACACCUGACAGCCAGGAAAGAACUAAGCAGGAGUUUUGGACCAAGUAUGGGUUCCCUGGCGUCCUUGGUGCUAUAGACUGCACCCAUGUGCAGCUACGUGCCCCAUCACUAAACGCACUCACAUACAUAAACCGGAAGGGAACUCAUUCAAUUAACAUCCAAGUAAUUUCCGAUGCUAAUUGUCGAAUAAAUCAUGUCUUUGCCAAUUACCCUGGCUCAAGCCAUGACUCCUUCAUAUUGGCAAACUCGACCAUUCCUGCCAUAUUCGAGGGGAAUCCUCCCUUGGAUGGGUGGCUGUUGGGGGACAACGGCUAUCCGUUGAAGACAUGGCUCAUGACCCCAUUUCUUAUGCCUGCAACAGUGCGCGAAAUGGCAUUCAACAGAAAACACACACAAACACGCAGUGUAAUUGAACGUACUUUCGGAAUUCUGAAAAUGCGCUUCAGGUGUUUGGAUAGGUCAGGUGGUACUUUACAGUAUGGUCCUCAAAAAGUCGCAGCAUUCUUUGUGGCAUGUUGUGUUUUACACAACAUUGCCAUGAAUCAUGGAUGUGUCGAUGACAUUAAUGAGGAUAGAUUAGAGGACUUAAUGAGACGUGAUGCUGAACUGCAUGUGCCGAUGCCAUUACGUCCAAAUGCCCCAGCAGCAGCACGGGAGAGGAGAGCUCAUCUGUCAGAGGAGCUGCAUCGUAUAUAGUGAGGCCUUUUACGCCUGCCUCGGCGGGAUCCAACAAAUGAGGGUCCGGGAGUGGCGACGCUGGAUGUGCUCCUGGUGGAGCGGGUGGACGGAG